GAGCCUUGUAAAGCUGCAGUGCAUGAGAUCCACCUUUGUCUUCAGUUGUCUGUUUGUGCUUGGCUCUCUUGUCCUCUCGCCACUCUGGCGAUGUUGGGAUGAUCACUUUUGUGUGUAUGUGUGUGUGUGUGUGUUGCGUGCUUCUACUGUGCAGACUUCGCCAGCGUUGGUCCCUGAAUCUUCUGUGGCUACAUGUACAGUGUGUGCGUGUGCGUGUACGUCGCGUCGCAAUUCAUCCGCCUAACUUGCUGUCGUUGUUCUGCCCUGCCGUCGAACUGGCCACCCGUCCCAAGUCGAAGCCCAAGCCAAGCGCAGCUGAGAUGGGAAGAAAGAAAAUCACGAUACAGCGCAUAGGCGACGAGCGCAAUCGCCAGGUGACAUUCACCAAGCGCAAGUUUGGCCUGAUGAAGAAGGCGUACGAGCUGAGUGUGCUGUGCGAUUGCGAGAUCGCGCUCAUCAUCUUCAACAGCAACAGCAAGCUCUUCCAGUACGCCAGUACCGACAUGGACAGGAUACUCCUACGCUACACAGAGUACAGUGAGCCGCACGAGAGUCGCACUAACUCCGACAUCAUCGACACUAUCAACAAGAAGGAAGCGAAGGGAGGCAACCCUGACUCACCCGAUGAGGACAUGGGCUCUGCUGAUGAGCCGGGACGCAAGGGCAACAUGAUGAUCACCCCAAACACUCAAGCACAAUACAACAAGAUUGAUCAGGAAUUCGAGGACAUGAUGCAAAAGAACACACAGCAACGCGGCUCAACGGGCCCCGCAGCACAAUCAUCUCUGGCGACUGGUGGUGUACAUCCGCAGUCACUGCGACAUCAUCAUCAUCGUGUAGCACUGCCAGUCGCCCAGCCUGUCGCUGAUAUGCAUAGUAACAACAGCACGGCAGGAUCUAUGGGUCCACCAUCGCGGCCGCCGUCUGGGUUCGACUCGCGCGCAGCAUCCGUCGCCUCGCCACCACUGUCGCUGUUCAGCACCGGCAGCUUGGGUGGUGGCGGGGGCGGGGGCGGAGGUGUCGCGCCUGGUGCGCCCCUAACGUCACCGAAUGCAAGGUUCGGUGGCGGAACGGGCGCCAUCACAGCAGGCAGAUCUGACAGCAGUUUUGCUCUACCACCGCCAGCCUCCAGUCCGCUCACCCGUCAUCAACCCAUCGCGCACCCGGGCAGCCCUGGCAGUAGCACGCUAUCGAUCAGUCCCGGACCGCAUGGCAACGUCACAUUGCAGGCUGCGCAUCCCCAGCCGCCAGCUCCACGCAGCAUGGGCGGACGAACGAUUCCCAACCUGAAAGUCAAAAUACCUCCUCAAAACCAGAUGGGAGCUGGCCCUGGUGCGCAGCACGGCAUGGCAUCCAACGUUAACAACCCCCUACAACAGCAGCAGCAACAGCAGCAUCAGCGCUUGGCCGGCAUGGGCGGGGGCAGCCUAGCACAGACCCUGCAGACGCCCGUGGUCAACACGCUGCACACGCCCAGCCUGUCGCUCAACCACUCCGACUUCCCCUCGGCUCAGCCGGGCGGCGGCGGCGGCGGUGGGAUGGACGACAUGGGUCACUUGUCGGCGGUGAACGUGUCCGGAGCGCAUUCCGUCAUGUACGCUGCAUCGCACAGCACCGCCGCUGGUCCAAUGCAUCAUGCCAAUGUAGCCGGUGGAGGUGGGCAACAGUGGGCAACGGCAGCAGCCAGCUAUCAGCAAGUACCGCAGCUGGGUAGUGACCAGCGACCACCCAGCCGACCUCCCAGCAGCCUAACGAGAGCAUCAUGGGAACAUGGCAGCCCGGAGAGCGAUCGCCGCAGCGUCGACUCGGGCAUGGGACCCGCCGGCAAGCGACCUCGCUUGCAGUAGUCAUACGCGUUGCUGUGAUGUCAUGUGUUGUAUCAUGAUGAUGUCGUAAGGCGACAUGUGACCGUCGUAGCGUCGACUCGGGCAUAGGACCGGCCGCCGCCAGCGACCUCGUUUGCAGUAGUUCUACUCUUUGUGAUGAUGCCAUGGGGAGGUCAUGGUGAUGUCAUGGGAUGCAAUGCAUUGCAUCAUGAUGACAUCGUCGUAUGGCAACAUGUACUCACUCGUCUGCAGUGUGGUGACAUGCCUCGUGCAGCAAGCUAGAGCGACCAGUAUCUGUGCUAGUUGAUGCAACAGUACGUUUAGUGCACGAAAACUACCAUACACGUUUCGUAGUAUGAGAGACGGAAAUACAAGUUAUUACCCACACUUCGUGGUUGUCUAGUAGUAUUAGCUGACAUACAGUGCCUUUCCUGCUUCCCCUUGAUCGACCUGCGUUUGGAGGAAAGGACGAUUUCACAAACAUAGCCAGAAAACAUAUUUGCCACUAGUUUCGGCUCUUCCGUAUGCUCCAGUAGAAAAUUUCUUCUCCCCUCUCUCUAUAUAUUAUAUAUUGCUUUGACUCAAUUUUUUCACUCUGCUGCCAUCGGCAGUGGAAGAACUAUCGGACACUAUGCGCUUGUGAAGCUGUGUGUGUGUAUGUGUGUGUGUGUGUGUGUGUGUUGUGUGUGUGUGCAUGCGUGUGUGUGUGUGUGUGUCCGCGUGUUUUUGAGAUGCUUACAAGUGCAUGUGUGGGCGCGUGUUUUUGAGAUGCUUACAAGUGCAUGUGUGGGCACGUGUUUUUGAGAUGCUUACAAGUGCAUGUGUGGGCGCGUGUUUUUGAGAUGCUUACAAGUGCAUGUGUGGGCGCGUGUUUUUGAGAUGCUUACAAGUGCAUGUGUGGUGAUGUUUGUUUUCUUGAGUGAAUGCAUCGUUUUUUGUAGAUUAUUUCUUCUUCUCUUUUUUUUCAGCAGUAUUCGUGCAUCACUGCUUUGGUGCGGUAUUUUCGAUCAUUGAUGAUGAGCGUCUCAAUCUUUUGUCUGUGAUAUCAAAGUAUAUUAUCACUUGGUUUUCGUUCGCUUUCCAAUGAUGCUGUUGUUGUGUGUAGUUUGUGUGAAGCCAGACAAAUAGCAAUGCACUUCAGUGACAAUGUGGGUGUCACCCCAAAGAGUUUCUCUUGCUAUUACUUAUGAAUGUUCGGUUGCGAACAUACAACAAUAAUUAUAUUAUUAUAUGUAGUUCGUGCUUUGAUACUUGCUGAAUUUUCGCUACCGCAAUGGAUUCUGUCUUGCUCCCAGCUUCCCGGUUCUCAGGUUUUUGAUGUUUUCAAUGUUGCCUGACAAGAAUCUAAUGAUGAUGAGAAAACCUGAUAAUGGUGUUUCACAGUUUAGCAGAGUAUGGCGUGCGCACCCAUAUAGGUAUUGCCUCAUUGCUCAUGCUUCGAGCGCGCUCAACUAAGUUAGUUACUUGAGGAGUGCUGCUUA